GGGGAAACCAAGCGGACAGAUGGGGCUGGCUGCAGACCCCGCCCAUUGGCGCAGGCGCAAGGGAGGAGCAUCGCCGCUGCCGGUUCCCAAGCCAACGGAUCAACAGGUCCAGCUCCGAGCAAAGAGUCGGUGGACCUCUAGAGUCAGCGCCUGCCUCUCGCCAUGUGUGCUGCGGAGGUGGACCGUCAUGUAGCCCAGAGAUACCUGUUCAAGCGGAGGCUUGGGAAGGGGGCCUACGGCAUUGUGUGGAAGGCCAUGGACCGGAGGACUGGCGAGGUAGUGGCCAUCAAGAAAAUCUUUGAUGCCUUUAGGGACCAGAUAGAUGCUCAGAGGACCUUCCGUGAAAUCAUGCUUCUCAAGGAGUUUGGGGGUCAUCCCAACAUCAUCCGUCUGCUUGAUGUAAUCCCAGCAAAGAAUGACAGGGAUAUUUACCUGGUGUUUGAGUCCAUGGACACCGACCUGAAUGCAGUCAUCCAGAAGGGCAGACUACUGGAGGAUAUCCACAAGCGUUGCAUCUUUUACCAGCUCCUGAGAGCCACCAAGUUUAUCCACUCAGGGCGCGUCAUCCACCGGGAUCAGAAGCCAGCCAAUGUUCUAUUGGAUUCUGCUUGCCGGGUGAAACUUUGUGACUUUGGCCUGGCACGGUCCCUCAGUGACCUCCCUGAGGGGCCUGGGGGUCAGGCCCUGACAGAGUAUGUGGCCACACGCUGGUACCGAGCUCCAGAGGUGCUUCUGUCUUCCCGAUGGUAUACCCCUGGGGUGGAUAUGUGGAGCCUGGGCUGCAUAUUGGGAGAGAUGCUUCGAGGGCAGCCACUGUUUCCGGGGACAUCUACUUUCCACCAGCUGGAGCUGAUCCUGGAGACCAUUCCAUUGCCCUCCAUGGAGGAGCUCCAGGGCCUUGGCUCAGACUACAGCGCUUUGAUUCUGCAGAAUCUUGGGUCCAGGCCACGGCAGACGCUGGACGCCCUCCUGCCGCCAGACACCCCCCCAGAAGCCCUGGACCUCCUCAAGCGACUCUUGGCGUUUGCUCCAGAGAAGCGGCUUAGUGCAGAGCAGGCACUGCAACACCCCUACCUGCAGAGAUUCCAUUGCCCCGACCGCGAGUGGGCACGCAAGUCCGACGUGCGGCUCCCGGUGCGCGAAGGAGACCAGCUCUCUGCACCAGAGUAUCGCAACCGCCUGUAUCAGAUGAUUCAGGAGCGGAGGAGGAACAGCCUCAGCCCUCGAGAGGAAGGCCUGGGGGUUGUGGCCUCGCGGGCAGAGCUCAGGGUUUCCCCGGCCCGGACGCAAUCGCUCAAGCCGCGGGUCCUCUCCCAGGUCCCGGCGGAGACGCCUGCGCGAAAACGCGGACCCAAACCUCAGAGUAGCCCUGGUCAUGAUCCCGAGCAUGUGGAAGUUCGCAGACAGAGCUCAGACCCCCUGUUCCAACUUCCGCCGCCAGGCAGGGGGGAAAGGCCCCCAGGGGCCACAGGGCAGCCACCCUCGGCACCCUCAGGGGUAAAGACUCAAAUGAGAGCGAUGGCGCCCUCCCUGACUUCACAGGCUGCGGCUCAAGCGGCCAAUCAGGCCCUGGUCCGCAGUGAUCCGGCCCGGGGCGGUGGGCCAAGGGCGGUCGGCGCGCGACGGGUCCCUUCCCGUCUGCCCCGGGAGGCCCCGGAACCCCGACCCGGCCGAAGGAUGUUUGGCAUCUCGGUCUCGCAGGGGGCCCAGGGCGCAGCCAGAGCUGCGCUUGGCGGCUACUCCCAGGCCUACGGGACCGUGUGCCGCUCGGCGCUGGGCCGUCUGCCCCUGCUCCCCGGACCGCGUGCGUGAGCCGCCCACCCACCUCCUUGCUGCACCCUGGCGCCGUCCCUCAGCCCCCAGUGCAUCUUCUUCCUCCUCUGCCUCCCUGCCUUCGAGUUCCGGGAGGGUUCUUUGAGCCUCUCUCCCCCAAGGAGGAGUAGAUGGAGGUUUCCACUCCACCCCCAACACUUUGUUCCAAUAAAGUUUUAUCUUUCCUA